CCUUUGCUCUUCAUCGCACUAACGCCGUCCUGUGAGUUAUCCGACUUUUUGUUGGUCGGCUUGCUUCCCCUGGAUAUAAAGGGACAAGGACCCUGGACUCAAUGAAAAGAAUCGACUAUUUUGUUGUUGUUCUUGUGAUUCUGACAGCUUGGGCUAGGGAGUGACGUGGAGUAGGAGUUCCUGCUUUAUCUUUUAGCCAUAAAAAAAAACUAGAUUAUAUAAGGACUUUUCACAACUAUUGUGCAAGAUAAAUAUUUCUGCUGUUACACAACUUUUGUUUACAUCGUUUUCAGGUAAAAACAACAACAACAACCUACAAAACUCGUGGUAACCCACAGAACUAUACAGAACUAUACAGAACUCAACUCAAAAGUCCACUGAUAGAAACAAAACUAUGAUUUUAAAAUGAUGACGUAACGCGAAAUAAAAAAAGACAAUUUUAUUAAUUCGGACUUCUCUGCAGACGACUGCUGGUAGAUUCGCACUGUCCAGAUUUCUUCGUCGCUAAAGGCUGACAUGGAAAUAAUUAAUUGUCAUCAAUGGAAGAUUGUUUCGUGUUCUAUCUUCCUGGCAAACUAUUUGAAUUUAGUUCUAACUGCCCCCACGACGGAGUCUCCAGUCACAAUUUCUUUCAAUCACAACCCGAACCGCUUUCUCUUGGAUACCGACAGUUUAGAUUUCAACAAAGAUGGCUGCAUCUCUGAAAAGGAAGAGAUAGAUGCCUUCAUUGCGCAUGUCAGUUCUCUGCUUCCGAAAACAACGACCAAUAUGUUGAAAGCACGUAGCACAGUUUUUAGAAGUGAUGUGAACAGAGAUGGGAAGAUUUGUUGGUGUGAUUUUGUCGCAAUUUAUCUACAAGAAAGAAAUUCCCAUUCCAAAAAUAUAGCACCAUUCACAGUGUUGCCAGAUAAUGCGAUGUUUGUUCAGUUAGACACAGAUCACGAUGGGCAGCUAAAAGGAGUAGAAAAAGACAAUUUGGAAAAAGAGUUUUCUUCCUGUUUAGAAAUGGAUCACGCCAAACUAAUUGUACGAUCAAUGGAUGAAAAGGUCAACAAGGACGAUUCCAUUUCAUUAGAAGAAUAUGAAAGAUUCAUGUCUGGAGUCAGUCACACUGAGACCGGGGCAUCUCCAAAACCAGCAACAGGAAAACCGUAGUCAGGGAUCGCUGUCAUCAUCGUGUGGUACUCAAUACAACUGUAUUUCAGCUCAGGCAUAUUUCCACUAGAUCUACAUAUCAUUUAUUUCUAGCUUUUGGCAUCUCUAAAGUGAUAAGAAAAUGUUUUGACAGAACAUAGAUCUAACUGUAUUGACUAAGUCUGUGUACAUAGAUCUAACUGUAUUGACUAAGUCUGUGUACAUAGAUCUAACUGUAUUGACUAAGUCUGUGUACAUAGAUCUAACUGUAUUGACUAAGUCUGUGUACAUAGAUCUAACUGUAUUGACUAAGUCUGUGUACAUAGAUCUAACUGUAUUGACUAAGUCUGUGUACAUAGAUCUAACUGUAUUGACUAAGUCUGUGUACAUAGAUCUAACUGUAUUGACUAAGUCUGUGUACAUAGAUCUAACUGUAUUGACUAAGUCUGUGUACAUAGAUCUAACUGUAUUGACUAAGUCUGUGUAGGUUACCCUCCUCCCCACAAAGCCAAUAUGUGUCCAUUGAGAUGAACUAGUUUUUGGCUUCGUUUGAAAGAUCGAGUUAUGUUUUUAGAUUACAUAUUUAUUACUUAGUUCAGUUUAUCAGCUAUUUAAUCAGAUACCUAGUUCAUUAGUUGUUUACUUAAUAAGUUAAUAUUUUUUUUUAUUUGUUAGUGAAUAAGUUAAUAAUUUUUAAAAAAUUUGUUAGUUAAUAAGUUAACUAGUUAAACUCAUCCGCUACUUGAAACUGAAAACAAAAAGCUCCCCGCCAACCUAACCCCUUCUCAUGGUGCCUAAAAUCCUAAAUCGGGAAUAAACUCUGUGUAUCACGUGACAGGCACAGCUUAGCUCCAUAGAGAAAAACAAUAACACUGUCUCAGUGGAAUUUUUUUUUUACUGUAAAAAGUUAAUCUACUUCCAGCGUCCUUGAAUUCUUUAUUCGGUAACCCUAAAUGUACUUAAACUCUUUUUGUCAUGGACUAUUAGUAAAACUUAUACCAUGUUUAGUACAGAAAGUUCAUUGAUUAUUUUUUUUCUUUUUUGAAUGUCACUUUUCUGCUUAGCCAUCACGCAUGACUGACUGUCCAAAACAAGUAGCCCAUAUAGACAAGUCAUAAUGAACGUGGAAAUACUUCAAAACUAAAAUGAAACCAUGUUCACUUAAAGAGCCAGAGUUAUCAUUCACCAGCGUAGUCGAGUGUAGAUUGAAUGUGUUGGAGAUGAUUACAAUAAAAUGCCAAAGUCUGAACAAGAAA